UAAUUUAGUGAUAUAGUUUUGACUUCCUGCGGUAUAAGCAUGGCUGGGUUAGAAUUACUUUCUGAUCAAGGUUUUCGUAUAGAUGGAAGGCGCUCGCAUGAACUUCGAAAAAUUCAAUGUAAACUUGGAGUUUUUAGCCAGGCUGAUGGUUCUGCAUACGUAGAACAGGGGAAUACAAAGGUGUUAGCAGCAGUUUACGGGCCACACGAGAUUAGAGGUAGUCGCAGUAAACUUCUUCAAGAUAAAGUACUAGUGAACUGUCAAUACAGCAUGGCAACCUUCAGCACCAGUGAACGCAAAAGACGCCCACGGGGGGACAGGAAAUCUCAAGAGAUGACAAUGCAUUUACAACAAACAUUCAAUGCAGCAAUUUUAACCAGUCUACAUUCAAGAUCUCAAAUAGAUAUUUUUGUAGAGGUUUUACAAUCUGAUGGAGGGAAUUACUGUGCUAGUGUUAAUGCUGCAACAUUGGCUGUGAUUGAUGCUGGAAUCCCCAUGAAAGACUACGUGUGUGCUUGCUCUGCAAGUUACUUUGGAGACAGCCCAAUAGUGGACAUCAAUUACUUGGAGGAAUCCUCAGGAAGUCCAGAAAUUACCGUUGCUGUACUUCCCAAGUCGGAACAGAUUGUUUUUCUGGAGAUGAACGGUCGUCUACAUGAAGAUAACUUAAGCAAGGUGGUGGACAUGGCCGUCAAAGGCUGUAAAGACGUGUACGGUGUUCUGGACAGAACUGUCAGAGAGCACGUCAGCCAAGUCGGCUCCUCUCUGGAAACUUGAUAGAAAUCCAGUCCUCACAGGAUAUUAUCAGUGUUGUGUAUUACCGGUAGUACUACACUCCACUUUGUAAGGAUCUACCAGUUUGGGUCAACCUAAGUGAUUGCAGGUACUCAUGUACAUGUAUAUACAUCCAGCAUGAACUGGGGAAAUUUUGCAAUGAAUUUAACAAACAAUAUUUAAAGGAUGUUACAAGUACUUUUUACUCAUUAAUUCUUCUAUUUUAGAAGAUGCAGAGUCUUGUAUAUGAAAUAAGCAUAAUGCAGAAAAAGCUAGACAAUGUUUUCUUGGUUUCCAGUCUUCUAUUCAGAUCAUUUUGUUUUGUAUUCAGAACAUUAUGUACUCUUUACAAAGGGUAACUUUUCUUUAUAUGGAAAAUAAAAAAUAUUCUCACAUUUCAA